CGCAGUGACAUUAUUCAUCAUUGCAAAGGUCCCUUUUACCAGAAAGGCAAGUGAAACACGCCUGAAGGUAGUUUUGCUUUCACUCACAGGCAGCUGAGUUCUCUGGCAUGGCAGGGACCAAGAGCCUUUCUCUCUUCCCCUUGGCCAUCUUCAGGGCGUCCGCCGGCCCUCCCGAAGCUGAGAGGGCGAUGAGGGCAGCGAUCGUGUUCACGUUGCUGGCUGUGGUCGUGGUGGAAGGAAAGAAGAGUUCUGAACCUCAUAAGUGCAAGGCAGUCAUAAGGAGCCCCACAGAAAAUGCAACAGGAGACUCACUCGAGGCUCCAUCUGACCUGCACUGCUACAAGAAGACCACGGAUCCCAAUGCGGACUUCACCUGCAAGUGGACACCUGGGAUGUCCGCUGUGAAUGCCACAUACAUCCUGCAUUACUGUGUCCUGAACAAAAUGGAGGACUGCCACAGCUUUGAUGCUGGCCUCUCCCAUUCCUGCUUCCUGAAUAGGGAUGGCCUACACACUAGAAUGGGAAUUGGGAUGUGGGUGGAAGCCCACCAAGGAUACAGAACCUACAAGUCUCCUGUGUUUUCCGUGGUUCUGAUCCAUUCAACCAAGUACGAUCCCCCGCAGAUUGAGAAGAUGUCGAGGUCUUCGGGGGGCCUCGUCUUGAAAUGGAGGAAACAAGUGGGAGAAGACAAAGGCUCAAUGAAUGAGAUCCAGUUCAGACAACUGGGAGAACUGGAAUGGAGCAGUAUUAUGUGCAAUACUUCAGAUGGCAAACAUACUGAAGAGAAAUGCACUCUGACACUGCACAAUCUGACUGUGUAUGAAGUCCGUGUGAGACGCACUAGCAAAGUGAUCAACUGGAGCGAGUGGAGCCGAACCGAGAUUGUCCCAGCAGAAAUUCACAAGGAGCCUCAGGUGAACAUGACUGUGGGCAAACUGCUCAAAGGCGUCCGCAAACUGAGGUUGUCCUUGGAGGUUCCGAUUGCUCGUGCUCUACUGGGAAAUGUACAGUACAAUCUAACGUUUCACAGCCCACCAUGUCAGGAGGAUAUUCCCACAAUGACUCUUAACGCAACAAAGAUAACAAAACCCAUCUCUGGCUCAGAAGUGAAGGUGUCCAUUGUAGCAUUCAACAAAGUAGGGUCAUCCCCGCCUAAACUGCUUAAAAUUCCUGCUGUGGACCUUAAAGAUCUCCAUCCCUUUAGCUUCAAGAACCUCACCAAAAACAUGAAAUGGUGUGUGGAGUGGUACAAGGCGACAGCACCCCGAGAGAAGAGUCGGCAUUUUAUAACACGCACUCCAGUCGAUUUUAAAGACAUGAUUAAUAGCACAGGAGGAGAAGCUGAAGACUUCAAGCUCUACUAUUUCAUUAUUCACCAGCUGACCCACAGAGGCACGAUGAAGACAAGAGGAUGGUCUGAAGGAUACCAGAAGGAAGGCACACCUAGGAGUAGCCCCAAGAAAGUCACAGUGCUCAAUGUAACAGUGAACUCCGCCGUGGUGAAAUGGGCCCCCAUACCUGUUCCAGACCAGCAGGGCUUUCUACAGCACUAUGUCAUCUACAUCACAGCCGGCAACCGCACCAGGGAAGUUCAGGUUGAUGCCUCAGAGACUCAUUACAAAAUUCAGGAACUCACAGCUGCCACCACCUAUAGUGUCCAGAUUGCUGGGAAAACAGCAGCAGGUCUUGGACCGAAAAGCGAUGCAGAACCCAUCCUAACAAGCAAUAUACCCCCCACCAAAGGUUGGAAUGUGAUCUGGAUCACCAUAGCCAUUGCUAUAUUUACACUGAUUUUCACAGGCUUGGGCAGCUUUGCAGCCAAGAGGCUCAAAAGAAAGUUCUUUCCUGCUGUACCUAGUCCAAUGAGCACUGAGGCGCUGACCUUAACCAAUCUGAAAAUAAAAGAGGAAAUUCUUCCACAGGAUGAAGAGGUUCUCAUGGGAGACUUGCAGGUGGUGCUCCAGAAAAGCACUGGUCUGCCCUCGGAGGACGUGGUUUCGAUGGAGCUUGGAGAGACCGAAACAUGCGAAGGAGACACCGAGACUCUCUCGGAGUCGUGCCGCACUCCAGAUGCAGAGUUCUUCUUAAGCUCUGAUUACCGGAGGCAGAUGCUCAACCUCCCUGCGUGUGAACCAGGCCAGGAGGCGCUGGAGCUCUCGGAGAACAUUUGCAGCUACGGAGAAACUGCUUGCGAGGUGGCGACACCCACCUACAAGAACAGCCUGGUCUUCGAAAUGAAAGGGGAAAGUAACACCAGUGAGGAGAGUAUUCCCAUGAGGCUGUAGGAGUUUACAGUGAAAACACAGCUGUGAGAAAUGCAUAUACUGGUAGGAUACUCAGUGAUCUUAAAGACAAAAGGGCACCAACUAUAAGCAUGCAUGGUACAGCAUUAUCAUGCCAUGGUACCUUUAACUGUGUGGGUGAGAGGAAAUAAACAUCUACAGAAACCAGCCAGGCAGACGUGCGGAAGAAAAGACGGAAAGGCAAGGUACAGCUCUGCAUCUGCAAAGGAAAAGAACCUGGGCUUCUCUAACCUCCGAGACUGGAGGGUUCUGUAGGGAUGGAUGAGAAUUACUGAAGGCGCACUCACCUACUGAAUGUUCCUGCCUCUAAACAGUCUGUGGCUCAAGAGUCAGCAAGUCUAGGAGAGCUCCACUUGACGUCUAGUGGCACGGAAUUAACUAUCUCAACAUGUAACAGGGGCCAACUCUGUGAGGUGCUUUACAACCACGCAAGACAAUGUUAUCGUACAUGAGUUUUGAUAGGUAAAACGUGUAGUGGUACAGAGAAUGCAGUAAUGUGCAGCCUAUUAUUACUACUGGCUAGUCAGACACCUUUAUCCAGGGCAAUGUGUAUUGUAUGCAAUGUUACCUUUUAAAAUUUUUACUGGAUGAGCUUUUCUCUAGGAGAAGAGAAAUUGAAGAGAAUAUUGCAAUAGCCUGUUGUAUAAGCAGAGAGAACCCAGGCUACAGCCCACACUGUCUGUGUUUAGCAGAUAAACAGGAUUUUAGAAAUGAUCUGUUUCAUAUAUCUUUUAAGAGGAAAACUUUAUCAGUUACAAACUGAGAUUUUUUAAAUAAAAACUGUGUAACUUUGGGUUUAAGGGACUUUCAACAUGUCCUAUAGUCGUGUUGCAAAAUACAGAUCGGGUGUUUUUUUUUUCAUUAUCUGAAAGGUACAGGCUGACCCAAAAAAUAAGAAAGUCACAACCCAAGCAAAACCGCCUUCCACUUCAAAGAAUUAAAAAGCAGUCAUCUGGUUGAACAUUACAGCGUAUUUUGAAAAGGGUUUUACUCAAAUUUGUAAAUGGACAAAAUUUCACUUAUAGUCCCGCUCUUAAUUAAUAUCAUUCCUUCAAGAUAAAUUAGUAUUAUUUUUGUGCUUCCAGACCUCAAUGGUCAUGAUAUGUAAGUUCCACCCAUUCUAAGUCAAUA